GUAAUUUGUGUUUGUUCACAUUCCAUCAGAGGCGAAAUGUUCCCUAAAGCCUGCAUUUUAAAUUUUGCGUAUUGUGCUUUAGUUCUUGGCAAUCAAUCAAGCUGAAAAGAAAUCACUCCUUCUCAAAAUUGUUCCUUUAGCAAGUCAGCAAGCAACAUCAUGAUGUCUCUCGAUGACAAGACGCCAUCCAAGUCGGCUGUCGAGAGAGACAACCCACCACCCCGGCGCAAGGCCUGCCAAGGUUGCAUCAAGGCCAAACGACGCUGCGAUCUCGGCUUUCCAACAUGUCUACGACAGAUCGGAUGCCACUACGACAGCGCUGUCUCCAUUAGUAGGAGUUCUGGCGGGAUCCCGUCGAGCCGCCCUGCACGUUGCAAAAAGAGACAGACACAGGCAACCAGUGGGUACGCGGCCUUUGGGACGGAUUCAGAGUCCUUGUCACAGCCUGGCACUUACGGAACUGGAACUGGCGUCGAUGGAUUAUCCUUCAUGGACGACCCAUCAUUGACGAGCUUGCCCAUGUUUGACAAUUCUCCAAUAGAUGUUUUCUCAGGGACAAAGACCGCCGAGUUCAUCCCAAAGGAUGAUGGAACGUUUGUCUGCGAGGGCUCACUGGAUGAUAUUCUUUGUCUUCCUAAUUCCGGGUUUGAAGGUCUGGACCUUAACAAUUUUCAAGCUCCUCCACAGAACAUGGAUCCAGUGCUUGCUCGUCCGGAGGAACCACCACAUACAGACCUGGUUUACCUGCCGGCUCCGAACCUGACCUCGGAGACUUCUUUCAUCCUAUCAUACAUAAUACGUACCCGCUUGUCAUACACCAUACCGAUAUUGCUAGGUGCACCAAAAGCCUUUGUCGAGACCACAGGCACACCAUGGAGCCACCCGUCUCUCUACAAAGAUGGAUUCCCACCCAUAAUAGAGGAUAUGUAUUCUGCAUGCGCUCUGUACAUGGCUCGCACGCCAAGAAAUGACGCCGUCAUUAUGCGAUCCAUCGAAGGCAGGCUAGCCAAGGUCAUAAACGAUCCCCUACCGUCAGUCGCUACAACACCAGAGGUUUUGUACCGUACCCAGGCGCUGCUCAUGUACCAAAUCAUGCGGACGCUGGACGAGGGCCUCGCCAGCCGGGCCAACGAUGCUGUCGCCACAGCUGCGUUCGAGGAGUCCAUGAACACUCUUAAAGACCAUCUCAUCAUCGAAGCCGGCUCCACCGACGUGUCAACAACAUUCAUGUUGAGCUGCCUGACCGCCCAGUCCCUCGACGACUUUGAAAAGGCGGCAUCGCUGCAGACGAAGCAAAAGGGAAUCCGGAGACCCACAAAACCCCUGCAGCUCUACCCGCUGGGCCCGACCCGCGCCUUCUGGGAGCAGUGGUCCUUUAAGGAGUCGGUGCGCCGCACGUUCCUUAUAUCGUUCUUCUUUUCCCAGCUGACGAGGCUGGCGACGGGGGCGACUCUAGGGUCAUGCACGGGUCGGACGGCCACCUGGAACUGCUGGACUCUUGCGGCCGACCUCUGGCGCGCCACGGAUGCUGUCGACUUUGCUCAGGCUUGGAACACCAACCACAAGGCCGGUGGGGGUGCGGACGACGGCUGCGGUCCGAUAAUCGUCUCACCUGGUCAGAUACAGCGCGUGCUGCAAGAGGCAAAAGCGGAGGAUUUGGAUGAUUUUGCGCGUAUGAUACUCACCACAACUUUGGGUGUCGAGGAGGCCAAGGCAUGGAUGGCAUCGAAAGGCGGAGUUUUGUGA